AUGAGCGCGGCUGCAGGAGGGGGCAGGUCCCUGGGUGGUGAUGCCGGCUACAAGCGCCUCGUGCGGCUGCUGGGGCGGGCCUUUUACUCGGGGGAAUGCCCACCACGCGAGGCAGAAGAGGAGGUGCCGGCUGGAGCCCGCUCAACGCGCAGGGACAAGAACGAGUACAUUGGGCUGGGCGUGCUGCUGCUGGACCUGCUGGCGGCAGCGCACGGCUAUGUCAAGGAUGUGGCCAUCACCGGCCAGCUGGGUGUGUCGGGCAAGGUUGCCAACCGCGCACUGCGCUACCUGCAGUCUGAGGGCCUGCUGUCGUCAGAGGUGACCAAGACCAAGGUCCGCAGGCAGAAUGUGGAGCAGCCAGACGAUUCGGAACUGGAGGCACGAAUGAGCCAGAUGACCAACACCUGGUGGUGCGUGGCGUACCCGGCGCUCAUGGACUCGCUGCAGCUGCGCCUACACCGCAUGCGGGAGGUCCUGAAGAAGCACAUGGGGCACGGCGAGGACGUGGCGGAGUAUUUGUGCCGGCGGUGUGGUGCCACAUACACCUCCCUGGAUGCUGUGCGGCUGCUGGAUCAUGCCACCGGCGCGUUCCUCUGCGAGGAGUGCCAUGCCGAGCUGGACGCAAACAUAGAGGCGGCGGGGCUGGGCGGCAGCAGCGGCGCGGCCAGCCGGCAGCAACUGCAGCAGUAUGCCAAGCGCAUGCUAGAAAAGAUGGAGACGCAGCUGCGCCCCAUCCUAGAUCAGCUGGAGAAGCUCAAGGAUGUGCCGCCGCCAGACUUUGGAUCGCUGCGGGAGGACCUGGAUGAUGACCAGGUGCUAGACUGGCUGGCACGGGCCGAGGUGGAUGUGCAGCUAGGUGGCGAGGGUGCCGCGGCAGCAGCGGCGGCGGCGGGACCGGGCAAGGAGCUGCCGGCGUGGUUUCGCGGGGCAGCAGAGUCGGAGAGCGUGGGCCUGGUCGCCUCCCAGGAAGGGCCCGGCGGCGAGGCCGAACAGCAGCAGCAGCAGCAGGGCGAUGCAGACGAACAGAAGCGGCUGCAGGAGGCCUUCCUGGCGCAGUACCUGGCGCAAGUGAACGCGACGGCGCAGCGGGUGCAGGAGGAUGGGGAUGGCAAGCUGACUCCAGAUGCAAAGCGCAUCAAGACGGAGGAUGGCUACGCAGGCGUCAAGGCGGAAGAGGCGGCGGGCGGCGAGGAGUGGGAGGAUGUGAAGAUGGAGCAGCCGGAAGGCGUCAAGGCGGAGCAGCAGCAGCAGCAGCAGCCCUUGCAGCAGGAGCAGCCACCCGACGGCGGCGCGGCGGCAGACGAGGACGAGGAGGUGCUGAGCCUGGCGACCAAGGCACCUCAGCAAGCGGCACUGUCGAUUUGCUCUCGUGCACUGUCGCUGCCGCAGUACUGCAAGAAGUGCAACGCUGUGCAGUUUGAGCGCAAGGCCUCCAAAAACCGAUCUACCGGUGGCGAGGAGGAAGGCAAGCGCAUCCCCAAGCGCAAGUCUGCAGACAGCUCUGGCAGCGAGGAGGACAUGGAGGAGGAUGAGUCGGAGGUGGAGGAGGAGGCGGCGCGGCAGGGCGGGCAGACGACGGCGGCCGCAGCCGCCGCUGCCCCCCGCUUUGACACGGGGUUCACCAACAUCCCGCAGGCCACAAGCUACGCGAUCCAGCAGGAGGAGGAGCUGUGUGACCAGGAGCCCUUUGACUGCGCCGACGGCCCCGACAGGCCCAUGCUGGAGCUGCAGGCGGGCAGCCGCGUCUACUUCCAGGCCAGCAUCAUUCGCGAGAGCAAGACCGAGAUCCGCGUGCUGUUUCCGGAGACCAAACAGAUGGCUGAGCGGCGGGAGUGGGUGGACAAGCGCAGCAGCCGUAUCUGGCGGGGCCGCAUGGAGAGCCGGUACUGGCGGUACAUCAAGGGCUUGGACGGCGGGUGGGAGCCCAAGAACGUGCCCGAGAGCACACUAGGCGGCAGCUUCAAGCGCAAAGGCAGCGGCCGCUCGCGUGGCAGUCGCAGUCGUGGCACCAAGCACAGCACAGAGGAGGGCACAGAGUCGGAGCAGCGCAAGGCUGCAGCUGCUGCGCUGGACACAGCUGCUUCCCCCAAGCCCAAAGCCGUGAAGAAGCAGCACAGCGGGCGGCGGCGGCAGCCGCCGCGAGAUGCCGUCGAUGCAGAGGGUAGCAGCGGCGGCGGCAGCGAGGCCGGCCAGGCCAGCGGCAACAGCGAUGCCAAACGCCAGGGUAGUGGCGCCGGCGUGGGCAGCAGCGAGCGGCGGCAGCAGGUGGGGCGAGGCGGCGGUGCUCCUGUGGCAGGCGGCGAUCCUCUAGAGGCCUGGUUCAAGCAGCACUAUGCUCUGCUCAAGGCUGCCGACCUCCUAGGUGCCGGCUUCCUUCCUGCCAGCGCUGAGACGGGCUGGCCUUGGGGCAACGGCAGACGGCGGCGUGGCGGCCAGCAGCCGCGCCGUGCCAAGCCGGAGGCGGCUGCCGCUGCGCAGCGCAGCCGGGAGCAGCGCAGGGAGGAGCGGCAGGUGGCACGGCAGCAGGCGCAGUCUUCCGAGGCGGAGAGCUCGGAGGAUGAGGGCCCGGCGGCGGCCGCCCCAGGCAGCGCAGGCGCCGCGCCGCGCGGGCGAGGCGCCAAGGGCGGGCGUGAGCUGAAGCGGUUGCAGAUGUGGGCGUGGGAGCGGCGUGGCAGGAGCGACAGCGGCACCUCUGACGAAGACGAGGAUGACGAGGAUGCGUCAGGCACGAUGGGCCUGCUCUCUUUGGCUGAGGCAUUCCUGCUGCGCGAAACAACAGCGCUGCUGCAAUGGCCAGAAGACGAUAGCGGCAGCAAGGACUCAGAGGAGAAGGGAUCCAAGAGCGGGGCCCAGCAGCAGGCGGCGCAGCAGCCGCAGGCGCAGCAGCACCCCAAGGCUAAGGACAAGGCGCCUGCGGCAAAGCGCGCGCCUGAGGCGGCGCAGCCGAAGCAGCCAGCGGCCGAGCCCGGCACCCUGUCGCCGCAAAGUGGUGGCAAGGCAGCGGAGCCGCGAGCUGCACCAGGCAGCACGGGCGAAGCCAAGCAGGCACGUGGCAAGCAGCAGCAGUUGCCGGCAGCACCGCAGCCGGCAGCAGUGGAGAAGACGCAGCCCAAGCCACGGCCGCCUCCCAAGCCGCUUGCUGUGCUGGAGGAGUGCGAUGUGUUUGGCAAGCUGCCGCCUGUCAAGCGGCAGCCGUCGGGCGUUCUGCUGCCAACCAGCCCACGCGCGGCCGCGGCCGCAGCGCCUGCUGCGGCUGGCGGUGCUAUUAAGCCGGGGCCAGCAGCAGCGGGCAGCCAGCUGCAGCUGCCCAAGCAGCCUAGCGAUGCAUCAGCCAAGGCUCCGUCGGCAGUCUCCCCUGCUGACAAGCAGGCAGCAGCGUUAUCGGCACCGGAGCAGCAGCAGCAGCAGCGUGCCGUCAAUGGCGGUGAUGCAGCAGCGCCCACCCUAGUAGCAGCAGCUGGGGCGUGCAAGCCGGCGCUGAGCCCACUGAAGCGCAAAAUGUUAGAACGCUGUGCGCCGGGAGGAGAGGAGGCGUUAUUGGCAGCCGGUGCGCCACCGCCAGGCGAACAGCAGCAGCAGCAGCAGCAGCAAGGUGGGGCAGAGCCCCCCGCCAAGCGGCAUGCAGUAGAGGCGGGGGAUGGCUCGGCCCAGCUGCCUGGGGCUGCGCAUGCGGCCCCAGGCAGGUCGCCUAGCCCGCGUAAACGCCUGCUGCAGGUGGCAGCGCCAAUGGAGACCUGA